AUGAACAAAUCACGGAGCAGAUCGAUACCCGUCGUUUUUGCAACUCUUUUCUUAGCCUUGGUGGCGUUCAAAACUCUCUUCCCUGGAGAUGAUCCUUAUCGCUGUCGCGCGGUUCAGAAAACAGGUCGAUGGAUUGACCCGAUUCGUGAUGAGCAUGGAAAUCGGGAUCCGUUUAAGCAAUGGCAGCCUGAUGGAUGUAUCCUCAAUCACUACAACUCGCAAGACAUCCGCAGAUGCACUGAGGGCCGUCCAAUUGUGAUCGUUGGCGACUCGACGUCCAAGAAUCUUGGCCUUGCCAUAGCUAGCAUGCUCGAUAAUAAGCAGUACCAAAAAGAUAAUGCAGCCAGGUUGUAUACCAAGACGACAUCCUUCAACAUGACAUAUCACGGUCAAAGGAUAGAACGCGUCGCAAACGUCUAUCUCUCAUCACAUGGCGUUCCAGGUCGAGAACAGUUCGUCAGCCACCUCGAAACUUAUGCAGAGGAGAAGACAAAGAUUCCAACGAUUGAAGAUCAGAAAGGCCCGGCAUUGAUCUACAUAUCUGCAGGCGCAUGGUAUACUCACCCUCACUAUGGAGGUAUCAACUCUACCGCCCUUGAUCCCUGGGAUGAUCGUUUCUCGGCAUAUCAGGAUCAUCUGUCAAAAGUUGACAAAUUCAUUGGCGAUAAUACACCACAUGAAGAUUGGUUCGGCGCACCGAUGGACCCACGAGAUGGUAUUAGAAACCAGAUCUUUUAUGCACCUCCCGCUGGACCGCGAUACUUGGGUAAUGAUACCGAGAGGAUUAUCGACAGAGGCCGGAGGGCGCAAGAAGUGAUCGAGAUGCAGGAUUGGCUUCUUGAAAAGGAGGAUGACUUCAACAUUCCGUUUGUCUGGUCUAUCGCCAAUCUUGUCGAAGGUCAAGAUAAGAUCUGGCGCGAUCCCCUCCGCACCGGCUUUCAUGUCAAGUUUCACAUCGCAGAGCUUCGAGCCAAUAUUCUUCUCAACAUGAGAUGCAACGCAAAGUUGGAUCGAAUGAAGCCGUAUCCUUAUUCAAGAACGUGCUGUACCGACUAUGGUGUCAAGCCAUUGGUGCAACUUUCCGUUGUGGCAUUUGGAAUCGUGUAUCUGGCUGCUUGCAUCAUUUGCGAGAUGUUGGACAUGUUCGCCGAUCGAAGUCCCGACCAGCCUCGCUUCAAGCUGGUCAACAUGCAAGCCGGAUGCCUUGUACUAGCACUUCUGAUGUGCUACUACGCUGAUCGCACACAGAUGAUGGCAAAGGGUAGCAAGCUUUGGCAACUCAAAGAUUUAGUCGCGCUUUGCAUUCCUUGUAUCGCAAUCAUGUUAGCUACCAUUCGUCGCAUCAAGUCACCUUUUCCAGAGGACCUCUCAGUAGACAUGCAAGAGUCAAACCAACCAUUCCUCUCACGAGGUCAGACCGAUGAGUGGAAAGGAUGGAUGCAGUUCUUCAUUCUCAUAUAUCACUGGACUGGCGCUCACGGCGGUUCGAUCUACGUCUUCAUCCGCGUCUGCGUGGCGGCAUAUCUCUUCCAAACCGGCUACGGACAUACACUUUAUUUCCGGAACAAGAACGACUUCUCAUUCAACCGUGUCGCAGCCACGUUACUGCGCCUCAACAUACUCAGCUGUUGUCUCGCGUACUUUAUGGACACAGACUACAUGUUCUACUACUUCUCCCCUCUCGUGUCCUUCUGGUUCCUCGUCGUUUACGCGACAAUGGCGAUUAGACCAAGGUACAACAGCGAUUUGCAGGUUAUGCUGGCCAAGAUCUGCAUGUCUUGUCUCAUUGUGUCGAUGAUCUUCAUGGGGACGCCUCUUACGCGUUGGGUCUUUGGGAUUCUCAACACUGUCUUCAAGAUCCAAUGGGGUUACAAGCAAUGGUAUCGCCGUGUCACACUCGACAUGCUCAUCGUCUAUGUUGGUAUGCUGACAGCCGUUGCCAACCGGCACUUGAAGAUGCCUAUUCAUCUAGGGCUUCGUGUAACGCUUGCUCUGGCUGGCGUCUUCGCCACGAUACAUUACUUUUAUGCGACUUCAGGUCUCCGUAUGGUUGCAUACGCGAAAUGGCAUCCAUAUGUAUCUCUUGUACCAGUACUAAGUUUUAUCGCCAUGCGGAAUGUCUCGAGCCCUGUUCGCAAUUAUCACUCCAAAGCUAUGGCCUGGCUAGGUCGUUGCUCUUUGGAGACCUACAUCCUCCAGUUUCACAUCCUCCUCGCGGCCGAUACCGAUGGUGUUCUCAUUGUCGAUGGUCUCUUCGGCGAUGGGUCGCUCAUGGGAGACCGAUGGAGGACUCUGGUCAUUAUCGUACCAAUAUUUCUGUGGAUCUGUCACUCGGUUGCUGUUUCAACGGGAUUCAUCGUCAGGAUCAUUAUGCAUCAAGGCGCAGAAGAUGAGAAGCUCGGCAGACUUCGUUUCUGGACUUGGCUGGAAAAGAUCCCAGGCUUCUCAGAUCUCUCAGCACCCAAAAUUAGGGUAAUAUGCAUUUUAUUAGUUAUGUGGCUACUCAAUCUGAUGAGCCCGGGACAUGAGAUCCCGAAAGUGUUUGAUGGUGGACACUCAGUGGUUGAGGCGCCAAAAGCCCCGCUGGAGAUUCCUUACCAAAUAGCGAACAGUAGUGUAUGAGGAAAAGCAUUCUGCUUACUUGGAUCUAUGGUUUGGAGUAUCAAUGGAGUUAUUGCGGAGUUUAUGUAUACAUAGAACGCUGUCGCAUAGCAUUAUCGAUUGAAUAGAGCGCCUUUUUGUUGC